AUGGCACCAGAAAGAGAGCCUAUUGCCAUCAUUGGAAGCGCAUCGCGCUUUCCCGGCAACGCUACCAGCCCACAGAAGCUCUGGGAUCUCCUCAUACAUCCCAGAAACGUGGGAAAGGUGAUUCCCGGGGAUCGAUUCUCCGUGGAUGGGUUCUGGAACGCGGACGGGUCUCAUCAUGGCACGUCUAAUGUCACACAAUCCUACUUCAUCGAAGACGAUACCCGUCGUUUUGAUGCGAACUUCUUUAAUAUCAAUCCCAGAGAAGCGGCGGCCAUCGAUCCUCAGCAUCGCCUACUGCUCGAAGUCACCUAUGAGGCUCUAGAGAGUGCAGGUCUCUCGAUUGACAUCCUCCGAGGGACACCCACAGGGGUCUACGUGGGCCUUAUGUGUGCCGAUUAUCUCGACGUCCAGUUAAGGGAUCCGGAGACCCUCGCGCAGUAUCAUGCCACAGGUACAGCACGCAGCAUUCUUUCCAAUCGGGUGUCCUACUUCUACGACUGGAAAGGGCCCUCGGUAACUGUCGACACCGCGUGUUCUUCUAGUCUCGUGGCGGUCCACCAAGCAGUGCAAGCCCUGCGCCAAGGAGAGUGCUCCGCCGCUAUGGCAGCGGGUGUUAAUCUUAUUUUUGGUCCUGAGAUGUACAUUGCCGAGUCGAAUCUGCGCAUGCUGUCGCCAACAGGCAAGUCCCGCAUGUGGGAUGCCAGUGCCGAUGGAUAUGCUCGCGGUGAAGGUGUCGGAGUAGUGAUCCUCAAGAGGCUCGGGGAUGCCCUCCGCGACGGGGAUCCCAUUGAGUCUGUAAUCCGGGAAACGGCAGUGAAUUCAGAUGGACGCACAAACGGACUCACCAUGCCAUCCUCGGCCAGUCAGGCGGAUUUGAUCCGUCAGACCUACCAACGUGCUGGACUUGACCCUACCCAGGCAUCUGAUCGGUGCCAGUACUUUGAGGCUCACGGAACGGGAACGCCCGUCGGCGACCCCCUUGAAGCCGAAGCCAUCCAUUCGGCGUUCUUCCCAGAAUCCGAUGAUGGCUGUCAGGUGCAAGAGAGCCAGCUGUAUGUGGGGUCCAUUAAGACAGUUGUCGGCCACACGGAGGGUGCAGCUGGAAUUGCAGGCUUGCUCAAGGCAUCUUUGGCCCUGCAGCAUGAGAUCAUCCCACCCAACCUACAUUUCAAGCGGUUAAACCCCAACAUUGUACCCUUCUAUGACGGUCUUCAUGUCCCCACCAAACCGAUUCCAUGGCCACCGGCGCAGGUUCGCCGUGCUUCAGUUAACAGCUUCGGUUUUGGGGGCACCAAUGCACACUGUAUCCUCGAACAUUAUGCACCUUCCGUUCAUGGGGGCGCAAAAGAAGGCUCCGGAAAACCAGUGAAUGAGCCGGCGGUUGGAAGCCCGCUCAUUAGUUUGCCAUUCUCCGCCUCAUCCCAAUCGUCCUUGACCCGCUUAAUACAGCAAUAUGCAGCCUUUAUCACCGCCCACCCCUCGGUCGACCUGCGAGCAGUAUCCUUGGCGCUACAGAAACGUUCGAAUCUUCCCUUCAAGCACUAUGUGACUGGUCUUUCCCACAACUCAAUUUUACAGCAAUUGCAAGACCCUCAGUGGAGGCCCGGACCUUCCGGUGGAGGUGCUGAGGCCCACAGUUCCGCGAUCCUCGGAGUCUUCACGGGUCAGGGGGCGCAAUGGCCCACCAUGGGUCGUGAGCUGCUGCUUCGGCCCGGUCCGUUCACUGCGACCAUUGAUCGCCUCGAUGAUAUACUCCAGCAGCUGCCAGAGCCUCCUACGUGGUCUCUACGGCAAGAGAUCCUCGCUGAUCCGGACACAUCUAGGUGUCAGCAGUCAACGUAUGCCCAGCCACUGACUACCGCUGUCCAAGUAGCCCUGGUCGACCUGCUCUACAGUGUUGGCAUUCGCUUCUCCGUGGUGGUUGGACAUAGCAGUGGUGAAAUAGGGGCCGCCUACGCAGCAGGCUGCAUCACAGCGGAAGCUGCUAUUACAAUUGCCUACUAUCGCGGCCUCUACUCACCGCGUGCAGACCCCGAGGAGGGCGGGCCUAAGCGGUCAAUGAUGGCCGUCGGGAUGGCAUUCAAUGAAGCCACCCGCUUCUGCACCCAACGCGAGUAUGCUGGGAAGAUUUUUCCGGCUGCGAGCAACGCGCCCUCCUCGACCACACUGGCGGGAGACUUGUUCACUUUGGAGUUUGCCAGAGACGAGUUGACCCGCCAACAGAAGUUCGCUCGCAUACUUCGGGUCGAUAAGGCCUACCAUUCGCCUUUCAUGGAGCCGUGUGCAGAGCCUUACAUGCAAGCUCUCCAGGCGCACAACUUUCCAUACCGCACCUCUGGCCCGUCUUGUACCUGGAUAUCCUCUGUCCAUGGCUUCGAAAUGGAUUGCAGCUCGGAUUGCGUGAGCGACAGCUACUGGCUAAAGAAUCUUCUUCAACCGGUACUGUUUUCGGAUGCUUUAUCACAAGCCAUCCGGGACCAUGGUCCCUUUACUUGCGCGAUCGAGGUUGGCCCUCAUCCAGCGUUGGCAGGUCCAGCCGGGCAGACCUUCAAAGCGCUCCAGCAGAACGUACCUACCUACCUAGGUGCGCUGACUCGUGGAGAAAAUGAUGUUCUUCGUCUGAGUAAGUGUCUUGGUGAGGUAUGGAAGCUCUGUGGUCCAUCCUCUGUCGAUCUCCGGGUAUUCCAGAACCUCAUCAAUGGAGAAGACGGCAUCCUGCCAGCGAUGCUCCCCAAGAUCCUUCCAAGCUAUCCGUGGGACCACGAGCGACCGUACUGGCGGGAGUCGCGCGCUUCGAAAGAAUAUCGCACACGGGCACCUUCUCAUGAGCUGCUUGGCGUCUGCGUGGAGCAAUCUGAGCUAUUCUGGCGGUGGCGAAAUAUCCUGCAUCCCCGGGAGGUCCCAUGGCUGCAAGGCCACGAAUUUCAAGGUGAGAUGCUAUUCCCAGCUGCAGGAUAUUGCAUUAUGGCCAUGGAAGCAGCUUUGCGCUUCUCCUACCCACAGCCCGUACGUCUCCUGGAGCUGCAUGAUUUAGAUAUCCGUCGCGGGAUCAGCAUCGAUGGAAGCGCCGACGGCAUAGAGCUCCAUUGCCACCUCGGCCCUCAUUCCACACGAGAGUCAAAGGAGCUGUCAGCCUUGGGGAUGGUCAAUCUCAACUUUACCUGCACCGCUGGUCACGUCGAUAGCUCCGAUGCAUUGACAACAAGAUUCAGCACCCGCGUCCGACUAGAAUUGGGAAGUCCUGACCUCACUGUCCUGCCCAGAAAGCAGCAACAGUCUUCCGGUAAUUCCCCUGUAGACAUCGAACGGUUUUAUGGGUCCAUGUCCCAGCUGGGCUUGAAUUAUACUGGACCGUUUCAUUCUCUGCUAGCCAGCGAGCGGAGGCUGUUCCAAGCGUCGGCAACGGUGGCCCACGUUCCAUCUUCUUCCUCCUUCAUGCACCCGGGUGUCUUGGAUACAUGCUUUCAAACCCUUUUCGUGGCCUUUGCAUCUCCGGAUGAUGAGAGCCUUCGGACACCUCAUCUGCCAAGGGAGAUCCAAUCUAUACGAUUCAACCCAGCAGCCAUCGCCCACACGCAUCAUCCUAGGGGCUCCCCGUUCCAGGUCGAAUCUAAUGUCACAAAGGUUACGCCUCCCACUCGGAAAACCCCGUCAGACAUGGUGGGUGACAUUGAUGUCUAUACUACAGCCGGUGAUUGUGUAAUGCAAAUUGAGUCGCUGCGGUGUGUUGCGCUAGCAGUCACUACUGAGAAGGACGACCGUGCCAUGUUCCACCGCACUCACUGGGAGAUUGAUAUCAAUGCAGGAAUGGUCGUCUCCUUCGAUAAGCCAAACACGGAGUACUCAACGAUCCUGAAGCAAUUUGAGGCGGUCGCCCGUCAGGCUAUUGAUGGCACACCCCCGGCAAUUGGCGACAUAGUCUCUCCAGAACUGCAGUUGAUUCAAAAGGCCAUAUCUCUUCAUUUUGCACCUCCUAGUGAGGUACCCGAGGCUCAAACGGCAUUCAAAGCGGCGCAGAGCCGGUACUGGACGACGAGCGCCGGGGCCCAGCGAAUGCAAGAGUAUGUCGUGCGCACUGUGAAGCAAGUGACGCACAAGUAUCCUCGCAUGCGAAUCCUCUUCUUCCUUGGCGGAAAUGAUGAUGUAUCCGUUGCACGACGCAUACUGGACGCUAUCAAGGGUAACUACACGUCUCUCAUACUCACCGACUCGUCUUCAGAAACAUUGAAGACUACAAAGGAGCGACUUAAGCCUUACGGUGAUGCCGUGCAAGUGGAAACUCUGGACUUUGGUAGUUCACCACCUGGGAUGUUGUACGAUAUGGUCAUUGUCCAAAAUGACGUCUUGGGUGAGAAGGCUACUUCAGUUACCCUGGAAUAUUGUCGUCGCGUCUUGAAAGCCGGUGGCUUCCUGCUAUUCUGUUCCACCACAGGGCGUGGCAAGUUCGCUGGUUGUCUCCAAGGGCGCCUCGUGGACGACCACAAAGUUAAUGCUGAAUUCGAACGUAUCUGGGAAGCGCUGCUUCAGCAGUCCGGAUUUUCCGGCCUGGAUAGUGUUGCCUAUGACACCGGAAAUCCCCACUUACACUGCCACUCUCUGAUUCUUUCUCGGGCCAUGGAUGCCUCCCUAUAUCCUCUCCAGCACCCGCUUGCUUAUCCGGAUCAAACAACUGAGGCGAUGGACGAGGAUCAUGUCCUCAUAAUUGGAGGCCACAAUGGCAUUGGGAGCCAAGGACUGCAAGCACUUCGGGGCCAUUUGUCCAAGUGGAAGCGGGGGUUCACCAACGUCGCCUCUCUUGAAGAUCUUGGCAGUUACCAAUCGCAGAAUAUUCCUAGCCACGUUCUAUGCCUGACCGACCUCGAUGCUCCCCUUUUCCAGAACCUCGGUGCCGAACAAUUUGCGGCGCUCCAGAGGCUCUUUCAGGAGGCUCACAAUGUAUACUGGGUGACGCGAGGAUUCAAACAAGGUGAUCCUUAUAGUGCCAUGACCGUUGGUCUGGGGCGAGUCGUGCAAACAGAAUUGCAGGGUCUGAACCUAGGCUUUCUUGACAUCGACGCGGUGGAUGAACAUGGAAUCUCUCAGAUUGCAAUUCGGUUUGCCCAGUUUGUUGAUUAUGGCCAACACAGUCAUGCUGUCAGCGCUGAAACUAGCCUAUGGUGCCAGGAGCGGGAGGUCUCCCUUGAGAAUGGCCUACCCUAUAUCCCCCGCGUGAAGCAUGCCCAAGACAUGAAUGCUCGGUUUAAUUCAGCCUUCCGAGCGAUCGAACAACCUUUGGGGCUUGAUGCAUCAUUGGCAAAGCAGUCCGAUACUGCUUCAGAGCUGGAGGUUGUGGCCAGUGUUGUUGCGCGUUCCGCCUAUGCUCUUAAACUCACCAAUGAAGUUAACGCGUAUCUCUGUAUCGUGAAUGUCAAGAGUACAGAGAGCGAUCGUCUGGGAUUGAUUAUCUCCUCGUCAGCUGAAGAAAAUGUUGUGGUAUGCAAACGAGACGACAUCCUUGACAUUGGUCCCCGUCAAAACCACACAAUCAGUGCCCCUGAAAUAUUGAGCAUUCUGGUUGCAUUGUACAUAUCUGAGCGCGUUCAGGCAUCUCUUUGCUAUUCCACUACACUUGUCUUUACGAAUGAUCUAUUGCUACUAAGAGUCCUCGCCAUGUCCAGGGAAUCCGACCAACGGGCACUCAUACUGGCCACGUCCGAUGAGGGGGCCAUGGAAUGGGACAAGUCGAUCAUAUAUGUGCAUCCGCAUACACCAACACGGAACCUCAUGUCUAUGGUGCCACAAGGCGUGAGCAAAUUCAUCAACCUAGACACCGAGUUCCAACCUUUGCAUGACCGUCUCCUCGCCGCGAUCCCAAGGACAUGUGCUACUCACUCCGCCAAGGAUUAUCUCUCAGAGCGAGCGUCAAUUGGCCAUGUUUUCUCACAACCACAGUCAUCUAGUGAUGCGCUAAACAUGCUCUGGACCCAGUGGCUGAUAUAUUCAGCAGCCCUCAAGAGCAUCAUGCAGCCCGACACUGUCGUUCCUCGAAGUCUCUCAGCCUGCGCUGUCAAGUCUUACGCCGCCCAAGAGAAUCCCCAUGUGAGCGUUCAUCGGCUAGAUCCCAGCACAAUCCUUCGCCGCGAUGCAACAUAUCUCCUAGUUGGAAUGACUGGAGAACUAGGUCAAUCCCUCUGCCGGUGGCUCGUAGCCAACGGUGCACAAUAUCUAGUCAUCGCGAGCCGGUCCGUGAAGCCAGUGUCUUGGCAUGAAGAACUACAACGAUCAACUGGCUGCCAGUUGAUGACUUUACCGUUGGAUGUUUGCGAUAUGCAGGCUCUGCGCCUUGCACAUCAAACAAUUCUGCAAUCUAUGCCGCCGAUCGCCGGUGUUGUGAACGGGGCUAUGGUCCUGGCUGAUGCAAUAUUUGUCAACAUGGCGUAUGAAGACUUUAUACGCGUACUGGAACCCAAAGUCAGGGGAAGCAAGAACUUGGACGAACUAUUCUCGCAGAACGAGCUCGAUUUCUUCAUUAUGCUGUCUUCCACUGCAUCCCUAAUUGGAAAUGCCGGGCAGAGUAAUUAUUCUGCUGCUAAUAUGUAUAUGAAAGCACUCGCCGAACAGCGUCGUCAGCGCGGCCUUGCAGGAUCUUGCUUCGACAUCGGCAUGAUCCUUGGCGUCGGUGUAGUCUCGCGGGAACGGGUUUACGAGGAGCCAUUGCGCAAGGCAGGAUUGAUGCCCAUUUCCGAGCCCGAUUUUCAUUGCAUGUUCACCGAAGCCAUGUGGUUGGGUAGGCCCGGCAUGUCUGUGGAUUCUUCCCCUUGCUUUUCCACCGGGCUCCAUGUUCCCCCGGGCACAAUGCGGCCGGCAUGGUACCAUGAUCCCCGAUUUUCACACUUUCAGGUUCCCGAAGAGGACGCCAGCCGGAGUCCAGGCGCUAGAAAAGACGCUGCGGUGACCCUCGGGGAACAGCUCCAGGGUACCUCUGAAUUAACGGCUGCAGAGGACCUGAUUCAGGAGGCUUUCGUUGUGAGACUACAAGGUUUACUCCAGCUUACAGGACCGAUCGAGGAUAUGGCGCGUGCCCUUUCAGAGCUUGGGAUUGACUCACUGCUCGCUAUCGAAAUCAAGACUUGGUUCUUCCAGGAGCUAGGAUUCCAAGUUUCCGUGAUGAAGAUCCUCAAUGGCAUCUCUGUCCGUGGUGUAUGUCGUGAGGCAGCCGAGCACGUCUUCAGGGCUAAAGCAGCGGAGAGCGAUGAGGGAGCUUCAAUCGUCGAAAGUGUGAAGAUUCAGAAAGCACCAGAGACUUCAACUCCUCGGCUGCAGGAGGAUGAAGCAACUGAAACGGUCUCAACGGUCGCCCGCACGCAGGAAACCCCUUUCAGUGACACAUCAUCGCAGACAAGCCACGCCGUUGAGACCCCUACUUCUUCCCAAAUUUUGCCAGCCGCUGGCCUGUCCAUUCCGACUAUGGCGUCAAUGUCCACUGAGCAGGAAAAGAUCUGGUUCAUGUUGCAAUCCGUGAAUGAUCCCGCCAUGUAUAAUUGUACAAUCCAGUAUGAGCUUCAUGGCCCACUGGACCGGGUCCGCUUCCAAGCAGCAGUCACCGAGGUCGCGCAGAGGCACGAGUCGCUGCGAACCGCCUAUGUCACUGAUCCCCAGGAUCAAGUUCCCCGGCGCGUGAUUUUGGGCCAGCCUCAGAUUACAUGGAGGGAGGUCGGUAUGAACAGUGAUGAUAAGGACGUGAUCGCAACAGAGUUCGAAGCCCUGCAAACCCGAGCGUUCGACCUCGCUAAAGGCCAGACCCUGGCAAUCACUAUCCUCAGCCACGGACCUGCGCGCCAUGCCAUCAUCUUUGGCUAUCACCAUCUUAUAAUGGACGGUGUGAGCUGGCAAAUGGUGCUGCGCGAGUUUGCUGCCGCCUACCAGGACCGUCAGAGUCUGUCGCCAGUGGUCGCUCAAUACAGCGCGUUCUGCAGUCAGGAGGAUUUGACCAGAGAAGCUACUACAUCCGCAUGGAAUGAAGGUGCAUCUUCAACAGUCAAAGACGGUCAAUUGGCCGACGAUCUACCCUUGUUCCCGUUUGCUCGAACAGGAUUCCGCACCCGAACACGCACGAGCUAUGAAACCAUCCGCGUCAGCUCGUACCUAGGCAAAGAGGACGCGAGUCGAGUGCGCUCCAUCAGUUCCCGCACUGGUGCCACUUCCUUCCACAUCCACCUAGCUGCCAUUCAGCUCCUCCUUCAACAGACCCUCGAGGUAGACCGAUUCUGUCUCGGAAUUGCCCACGCUAAUCGCAAUGAUCCGCGCUUUGAACAGGUCGUUGGGUUGAUGGUUGAGGUCGUGCCGCUGAUGUUCGAACCACAACAGGCGCAAGGGUUCGAAGACCUGGUCAAGGAUACCCGGUCUCGCGUGCUGGGAGCAUUGAGCCAGGCUCAUGGUAGUGGAAAAUCAUCCCGUCCCUGUGAUAUUGUCGUCAACUACAUUGCCGGUGUCACGCACGACAUCAUGUUUGAUGAGGCCGUGUUGAAGUACUCGACAUCUGAGGAUGCUCGUCAGCCGCAUGACUUGGUCAUCACCGUCCGGGACAACCCUGACGGCACGACGGUCAUUACCUUCGGGGCUCUUGAGUACCUGUACCACGCGCAUGAUGUUCAGCUCCUCUUGGACCUCUAUGUGCGACUACUAGGCUCCGUAUCCCUGAACUCAGACCUCAAGUUAGAGCAGUACCGAUGCCUGGAGCCGUUGUGUUCCAAGACCCCGAGUCAGCCGCCCACCAGCCAGGCAGAGUUGAGCGCCAUUCCGAAAGAGCCUGCUCGGCUUACCCAGUGGAUUGCCAGAAUCGCAGCAACAUAUCCAGACACAAUUGCACUGAAGGAUACUAACGGGGGAGAACUCAACUACGCCGUAAUGGAAAGCAGAGUGCGCUCCAUUAUGGACAUUCUCCUCGCAAUCGGAGUUCAACCUCGAGCAUUCGUGGUGGUGGCCUGCGGGCCGACCAUCGACACCGUCUGCGCCAUGUUGGCUAUCUGGCGGCUUGGGGCAGUCUAUGUUCCUGCAGACCUCGAGCAUGGUGUCGAGCGGCUGUCCCUCAUCCUGAAAGACUGCAGUCCCGCAGCUCUAGUGUGCCGCUCUAAAGCGGGAGUGGAGCAGUUCAUGGCCGAUCAGGGACCCCAAAUUGUGGAACUCAAGGUGCCAUUGCCGCCUCCAUCUCCUGCCACGCUGGACUACGAUCGAUCUACCGGGCAGGACCCGGCCAUCUUGAUCUAUACUAGCGGGACGACCGGGGUGCCCAAGGGAGUCUUGCUCAGCCACGAUAACUUACUGUGCCAUUUUGCAGCAGUGCAACAAGUAUUCCCCGUUGAGCAGCCGGUCGUCUUGCAGCAGAGCUCGCACAACUUCGAUGCAUCCUUGUUCCAGAUCUGCGUUAGUCUGCUACACGGAGGCACCCUAGUCAUGACCAGCAAUCGUCAGGAUCCGAUGGAGCUUGCCGAGUUGAUGGUACGUGAGAAGGUCAGUCUUACUCUUGGCGUCACAUCCGAGUACGCCCUGUGGCUUGGUGAAGCUUCCUCCGUGCUCAGAAAGUGCACAUCUUGGCAGUAUGCCUUAUGUGGUGGGGAGAUAAUGAGUUCUGGCACAGUUCAAGGCUUCUCGGGACUCAAUAUCGCCGGUCUGAGACUUAUAAACGCGUAUGGCCCUUGCGAGGCAUCUGUUGCCUGCACGAUGGGAGAAAUUGACUACAAGAGAAAUGAUCUUUAUGGCAGUCACGAUUCAAUCCCAGUUGGGCAAACACUACCGAGUUAUGCGAUCCACAUCCUAGACGAUCAAUUGCGGCCGGUAGCCGCUGGAUGGCCAGGCGAGAUCUGCAUCAGCGGGGGAGCCGUGUCAUCAUCUGGUUAUUGGAAUCGUGAAGACGAGACUUCUGCCCGUUUCCGCGUCUUCAACGGCAUCCGAAUCUACCGGACAGGAGAUUACGGCCGCAUCCUGCCGAACGGUAACCUGGAGUAUCGCGGACGACUGAAAGGGGACUCCCAAAUCAAGUUGCGGGGAAUGCGUCUGGAACUUGAGGAAAUUUCCAGUGUGCUUGUCCAGACGUCUCAGGGUGUUCUACGAGAGGCUGCGGUUAUCGUGAAGGGUCAUCCUGAUCCAUAUCUCGUAGCAUUCGUGGUCUUCUCCACCCCUGACUCUCCGGCCAGGGUUGGCUCUUUCCUCGAUACACUGCGUAGUAGCCUUCCACUUCCCACAUACGCCAAACCCACGGCGAUCACCCCUAUCGACCGCAUUCCGCUGACCACCAGCGGCAAGGUUGAUCGUACAGCCCUGGCUAGACUCGAGAUCCAUCAACAGCACAGCGUAUCGCCUACGUCUGGAGCGCUAAACAUUAUUGAGAUGAAAUUGAAGGAGUUAUGGCAGGAACUUCUCCCAGCGACGGGGCUUCCCAUCACACCGCAGUCGAACUUCUUCGACCUUGGAGGCAACUCGCUGCAGAUCCUAAGGCUGCAGGGACGUAUUCGAGCAAUCACGAAGGUCAGCGUGCCCGUGGUGCAUCUCUUCCGAUGCUCAACCCUGAGUGAGAUGGCCCAGUUGAUUGGAGCGGCCACAAGCGCGCACCGAGCAUCAUCCCCGCCUCCACCAGCGCCAACGCCUUCCAUCACCAUUGACUGGGAGGCCGAAACCGCCAUUCCCAGCUCCUUCGACCACCCCAUUACCAUCCUCGAUCCUCACAUCCAAUCACCAUCCACUCCACCCCGAGAGGUCAUCCUCACCGGCGCAACAGGCUUCUACGGCACUGCUAUCCUUAACCACCUCCUCUCACUACCCACCAUAACCCGCAUCCACUGCCUCGCUAUCCGCCCCAAUGCAGACGGAUCCCCCCGACAGCUUGAGCACCUUACAUCCCCCAAAGUCCAUCUCUACAGCGGCGACCUCUCCCAUCCGACCCUCGGCCUCAGAGAAGCCGAAGUCACUCACCUCGCCUCCACUGUCGACUGCAUCAUCCACAACGGCGCCGACGUAUCAUUCCUAAAGCUGUACUCUGCGCUGCGUGCCGCGAACGUCGGGUCCACGAAAUUCCUCUUCAGUCUAUGCACAUCCCGCGGCGUCCCCUUCCAUUAUAUCUCCACUGCCAGCGUCACAUCCUUAUCUGGAAAAGACGAGUUCCUUGAGUCCUCGGUAGCAAGCUAUCCCCCACCCAUGGACGGAUCACCUAGUGGACAUACGGUGGGCUACACGGCUAGUAAAUGGGCCAGUGAGGUAUUCCUCGAGAAGGCUAGUACAAGAUACACUAAUGUGCCGGUGUGUAUUUAUCGUCCUACGGCUAUCACUGGAGAAGGGAACAUGACCAUCGCAGCGACGAGUGGUGGCGUUAUUGAAUCUGUGUUGGAUCUGAGUAGACGGAUGAGAGCUAUCCCUGAGACUGGGUCCUGGAGGGGAUAUUUUGAUCUGAUCGGGGUGAAGAAAGCAGCUGAGAUGGUGGUGAGGAGGGUUGUUAGUGGUGAUGAUGCUAGUGGGGUUGGAGUACAAUAUUCGCAUGUUUGUGGGGAGAAGCGGUUCAAAGCGAGUGAUUUGAGGAUGUUCUUGAAGAAGGAGGAGGGUGUUGAAUUCCAGCAGGUGGGAUGGAAAGAGUGGUUGGAUAUGGCAGCUGAGUAUGGGAUUGAUGAUGGGGUUGCUGCUUACUUGGAGGGAUUGAACGGUGAUAGUGGUGGCUCUAGGGACUUGUUCUUUUUGCCCUUAUUGGGGGGUGGAUUGAGUGGUUGUUAGGGGAAUGCCUUGUAGCACGUUCAUUUUCCCCAUCUUUUUU